AUGAAUUCGAAUCAAAAUAUAAAAUCAAAAAGAGAAGAAGAAAAGGAAAUUUCGAAAGGGUACACACUCGAAGAAGAUGUAGCCAUUGUUAAUUACAUAACAGAUAAGAAAAGAUAUUUACAUGCAUCUGGAAUUCAAGUGUGGAAAAAUGCUGAAAAAAUUAAAAUUUGCCCCGGAAGAUCAUAUUUAUCAAUGAAAGAAAGAUAUAGAAAAACAAUAUUGAAAAAUAUAAAAUCGUAUAAAAUAGAUAAAAAUUUAAUAUGUAAAAUAUUAGAAUUUCAAAGAGCCACACAGGCUGGUAAACGAAUAAUUCGGUUAAAAGAAUUGCAAAGUUGA